UAAUGGGAUAAAUGUUCCUCAACUAAUCAGCUCCUCUUGUGAGGGUGCUGAAACUUUUGGAGGCUGACAGAUUAAGUGAGAGCGUACGAAGAACAGAACCAGAUAAAGUGGAGCGGAUUGUUGAGCUAAAAAGGGCACAAAAUAAACAGGAAGACAGCAGGAUCUGGACAAUCUCUCCCCUCCCUCCCUCCCUCCCCUCCGUCUCUUACAUAACCUCUCACUGUCAGGAGGGUCAUUUCCCCGCCUGCACUCUUUCACAGAAGUGCUUUUCCUUUUCACUCGUUUUUUCGCGGCAAAUUAUGAUGACUUUGUGGAUCGUCAUCGCUCUGGCGGUGUUAACUGGGGUAACUGGGAGCCCCAAUGUGACGGUCAGUCCAGAUGCGGACAUGUUGGCUCAUCCCAACAGCGUGCCCGAGUACGCAGUGGAGGACACAGAAAUCCCUGGACAGCAACAACUGUUGGUCGAGGUGGCGGCUGAGGACUAUGCAAUGGCUACCGGAGAGCUGAACACCGAUCACUACCCGGCUCAGAGGGCGGCCAAAGUGGUCCAACACUACCUGAACACCCGCCACGGCUCUCCAUUCAGGCUGUUUGGACUGCAGGUUCACAGCGCACACGCAGAGGAUGUGGCAGACUCUGGGAGAAAGUAUCUGCUGGAGAUCUCGGCUCAGGAGAUAAUCAGCAAUACGACAGAGAAAUGCUCUGCACAGGUUUUGUUCCCAAGGGGGGAGCAACAGGGCUUGGCGCAGGUCCAGUGCGACGAGAUCCUUCAAAUCAACAUUACAACUCAAGAAGAGGCCUUAUACCAACAGUACAAGAACAACCACGGCCUGCUGUCUGCACAACAUUUACCUGAUAGCCACGGACACAUUGAUCCAGACAUGAGGCCUUUCUGGCACCUCGGCAUCGUGGCCUCCAGCUUUGUCAUGCUGAAUGAAUCCAAUGAGAACACUCUGUACAACAUGGCUCAGGUGGCCAAUAUCACACAGCUGGUGACCGAAAACGAGCAGCUGAAGUUUGACUCGCACAUACUGCUCCAUGAGAUGGUGUCCCAAGAAAUCAUUCACUGGAAACUGCAGUUCACCUGGUCUCCUCCAGAGGGAGUAAGAGUGCAGCACAUGGAGCAGCUGCCACACCGCCAUGAAUCGGAAAAACUUAACAACACAAACUAAACUGCACACUGCUAUAACAACCAAAACAACAUAUUGACGCUCACAGUUUAUAUUGAAACGCCAUGUCAUGAUGUCAGUCAUUAGGGUUAUAAUAAGAUUAUACUUACAUUUGACUACUUUUUCAGUACCUUUGGUUGCUAUUGUAUUUUAGCUUAAAUAAACUGUUUGUACAGAC